GGCUACAUCUUUUUUGGUCUUUGACAACCGGUGACAAAUAUUUUUGUUUUGAUCGUGGUUUUUGGCAAAUUUUUCGAUAUUUUUAUAAUGCUGCUCAAACUUUGUCCCAUUCGUGUCGAUCGAUUGUUAUUAAAAUUCAACAAUCUUCCACUAACAAGGAAAACCAUAACCACAACUCCAAUUAGAUCAGAUAUGUUCAACAUCGGGAAACGAAUGAAAAAUGAGCAAAGGUUCAAGACGAUGGACAAAAUCGAUCCGAACUUUGAACUAAUUUACCGGGCACCGUUCGAAUAUAUGACUGCAUUUUGUCAACACGUUCCGGCAAUAAGUUUGCUCUCGAUAUCGUCCGUAUAUGCAUACAAACUAGCAAACGGCAUGCAUGCCAUUGAACCAGAUGCUCAGUUAGUAUUAGGACCGUACAUGUCCGAUGGCUCAGAUUUAAUUGUACUCUGUGCAGCUUUUUAUGUCAUGAAUCUGUCUCUGUUAUACUUCGUUAGAAAAUAUCCGCUGAGAAUUUACAAAUCGGACAAGGAGUACCGUGCCAUUUUCGAAGGAUUCUUACCGCUUCGACCGAGACAGUGGAGUUUUAAGCAAGGAGAUAUGAGUAAAGCAAAAAGUAUUUUGCCAUGGCACGAAUGUAUUUACAAAAUUAAGGAUAAAAAGGUGCUGGUGUUCUCGCAUCACUUUAAAAAGCCCAUUCACUUUAAUGAUAUGCUGCACAAGUAGAUAAAUUGAGAAUUGUUGUAAUUAAAAAGAGUUAAAACAUCGACAACUGUGA